AUGCAAGGCAAUUAUUUGCUCAAAUUCACUUUAUCAAUGCAAGCUUUAAAAAAAUAUUUAAAUUUCUUUUUAAUUUUAGUUUAUCAAAAAACAAAAGAUGCGGGUCUAUUAAAUUUCCAAAAUAUUCAAGAAUUUAUAAUUGACAAUAAGAAAGUGAUAAAUAAUUUUGAAGAUGGUCGAAUAUUAAGUUAUAAUUGGUUAAAUUAUGCAGAAGCUGAGGAACCGAUACACGAUGAAACAAUUAAUUUUCAUUCCCUACUUUGUUUUAUUUAUACAAGUGGAACUACUGGAAUGCCUAAACCUGCUUGUAUUAAGCACUUUCGUUGUUAUUCAAUGGUUGUUGGUUGUGCUUAUAGUUUUGGCUUAUUACCAACAGAUAAAAUAUAUAUCUCAAUGCCUUUAUAUCACACGGCUGCUGGUAUCCUUGGUAUUGGUCAAGUGUUAUUUAGAGGGGCUAGUUGUGCUAUUAGACAACGAUUCUCUGCUAGUAAUUUUUGGAAAGAUUGUGUAGAUUAUAAUUGCACUUCAAGUCAAUAUAUUGGUGAGAUUUGUCGGUAUUUAUUAGCUCAACCUAUUGGUGAAUAUGAGAAAAAACAUAAAGUUCGUAUAAUGUUUGGGAAUGGAUUGAGAGCAGAAAUAUGGAAAGAAUUUGUGGAAAGAUUUAAUGUUAAAAUUGGUGAAUUGUAUGGAUCUACUGAAGGAACUUCUAAUUUAGGUAAAUAA